AUGCAAAUGAGUGAAUUGAAUUGCUAAUAAUGUAAUAAAAAACCUAUUAAAUAUUGGUGUUUGGAUAACAUUUGUGAGAAGAGAUUCGUUUGUGAUGAGUGUAAAAAGGAUCACGAGCGUAUAGAAAAGAUUUGUGAAGAAAUAUAAUAAAACUAAGGAAACCAAUAAAACUAAGGAAACCAAUAAAACUAAGGAAACCAAUAAAACUAAGGAAACCAAUAAAACUAAGAAAUCCAAUAAAACUAAGGAAACCAAUUGAACUAAGGAAACCAAUAAAACUAAGGAAACCAAUAAAACUAAGAAAUCCAAUAACACCAAGAAAUCCAAUUGAACUAAGGAAACCAAUAAAACUAAGAAAUCCAAUAAAACUAAGGAAACUAGGAAAAUCAAAAAAUAGGUAUAGAUACUAAAAGAUAGAAAAUUAACAUAAAAAUAUGGAUAAGAACUUUGUAGAAAACAUUAGUAAAUAUAAUAUACAAGACAAUCUGUUAUUAAAAAUUCAUAGAAUAAAACUUUAAUUAAUAAGAAAAAUUAGAAGUGCUAAAAAAAUAACAUAAGCUCUAUUUCUAAUAUCUCCAAUCGAAACCUAAAAUCGAUCGUGCAAUUCUUAAUUUAAAUAAUUAAUUAAAUAAUAUCCCCAUCUCUAUCUCUAAUAUCCCUAAUUAAGAUGACAUUGAACAUAUCAAAUAAAUCAAUCUUUGUAAUUAAUAGAAUAUUAUUUUAGGCAAAAAAUUAUUAUAAGAAAAAUAAUUAAUUAAAGCUUAAACAUAACUUUUUUAAUUAAAUCCUGAAGAAUCUACAUACUUUUAAAGUAUUUAUUUCAAUGUAGUUUUUAGUUGAAUGUUAUAUACUUCAAAAAAAAUUGAACGAUGCUUUAAAAUUGUCAACAGAAACUUUAAGUAAUAUACAAGAAAAUGCAGAUAUUAAAUUCAAUUUCUAAAUAUAAUAAGGUUAAUGUAAAUUCUAAUAUUUAGCUAAAAUUCUUCAUAAAUAAAAAAAAUACAAAGAAGCCAUAGAGGUAUUGUAAAAAGUAGAUUUAUAAAGGUUGGAUGAAGAGUAAAAACAGUUAUAUUAUUUGCAAUAGGGUAAAAAAUUAAAUUAACUCCAAGCAAAAACUUAUUAAAAAAUAAUCAAAUACAAAGAUAAAGGAUUUAAUAUAAUCAUGAAUAUAAAUAAUUAAUACAAUUUAAGAAACGAUUAAUAAAUUUAAAUAUCAUCUUUGGAUAGAAUACAAAAAUAAUUAGAUGAGGAAUCUAAAAAAUUUGAUUCUUAUAACGAAAAUUAAAAAAAAGAAUUUUUGGAAAAGAAUAAUAAAUACAAGUACUUUAUUGACAAUUUUUCAUUUAGUUUGGCUAUAGGUAAUGUAAAAUUUUAUUAUAAUAGCAAAAGCGAACCUUCUAAGAAUAAAUAAUGAUGAAUUAUUUUUAUAUGAUAAUUAAUAAAAUUAGCAAGUAAAUGGCUUAAAUCAAGAAUAAAACAAUUCAAAUUAGCAGCCUAAUCCACCAAAUCAACAGCAAAAUAAUUAAAAUUAGCAAGUAAUAACUAUUUAUUUAAAUUUCAAUCAGAAAUUCACCCUUUAGGAAAUUGAGUAUAUCUAUAAAGAAAUUUUGAAAGAAGAUCCUCUUAAUCAAAAGGCUCUUUUUGGAUUAAGUAUUUUUAUUAUUAUCCUUAGGUUAAAUUUAUAUGAAAUUGAUAAAAUAUGAAGAGGCAAGAGAAAUUUUAAAUCAACUCUGUUAAUUAAAUCCUAAAAAUAGUAAAGCAGGUAAAAAAUUAUUUAAUUUAGAAAUUGGAUUAAUUUACAUCAAACAAAGACUAUUAGAGUAAAAACUCCAGGAUGAAUUGGACUCUAACUUUUCAUACACAGAAAAUUGCUUAAGUUUUAUUUACAGACAGUAUUAAGAGAUAAGUAAUAGAUUUUUUAGACAACAACAAUGA